UAAAAGUUUAAAUCAGAUGGACGUUUCAUUGGACGUUUAUAUGAGGGAACAAGCGUGAGAGGGAUCCCAAGUGAAGACAGGUGACAAAGCCCUUCACACCAUGGAAAGCCAAAGGAAUGUCGAAGAACUGGUGAGUGUCGAUGCCCAUGAGGCCAGGAAACUCCUGAAUUCUGGUCACCGUUACUUGGACGUGAGGAUGAGGGAGGACUUUGAGAAAGGACAUGUGGAGGGCGCCAUCAACGUUCCGUUCUACUCAUCUGUUACUCCUCAAGGGAAAGAGAAAAACCCUCAAUUUAUCGAGCAUGUUUCAUCGAUCUAUGGAAAAGAUGAUCACUUCAUUGUGGGUUGUCGAUCUGGAGUACGAUCAAAGCUUGCAACUCUAGAUCUUCUCAAUUCUGGUUUCAAGAAUGUGAAAAACAUGCAACGUGGUUAUCUUUCAUGGGUGGAGAGUACAAGCAAACUAGCAGAAUAAUUUUGUACAAUUCACCAAAAAAGUUCCUUGCAAAUAAUUAUUGUAUAGUGAUAUUCCAAUAAAAAUAUAUGCUACCUCCAACUAUAAAAUCCAUGUUGAUUAAAUAUGCAACUAUUGGGCGGUUGUUUGGUCAGUAGUUUAUUUUAUUUUGGAAGCUCAUGUUCAUAGUCUUUCUCGUGAAUGACUGCUAAAACUAUAAAGCUAAUAAGUCCAAAUAAAAUUUAGGAUGGGAA